AUGAGCAAAAUGUUGUCAACAACCUCUAGUUCUCUUAAAAGAUGCUUUGGAGUAUCAUUGCUCCGUUUAAAGCACACAUUGCCAGAUCUGAAGUAUGACUUCAAUGCCUUGGAACCAUACAUCUCAGCUGAUAUUAUGAAACUCCACUAUCAGAAGCAUCAUCAAGCCUAUGUCAACAAUCUCAAUGUUGCUGAAGAGAAAUUAAAGGCAGCUGUAGAUAAGGGUGAUGUCAAUACUAUCAUCAGUCUACAGCCAGCUUUGAAAUUCAAUGGAGGUGGACACAUCAAUCACACCAUCUUCUGGUCAAAUCUCAGCCCUAAAGGUGGGGGUGAGCCCACAGGAGAUUUGCUGCAGCUGAUCAAAGAAGAGUUCUCCACAUUUGAGAACAUGAAGAAGUUGUUGGCUGAGAAAAGUGUUGCUAUUCAAGGCUCUGGUUGGGGCUGGCUUGGGUUCAAUCCAGCUACAGGCAAGGUCCAGGUAGCUACUUGUAGUAACCAAGAUCCCCUGGAAGCAACAACAGGUCUGAUUCCUUUGUUUGGUAUUGAUGUGUGGGAGCAUGCCUACUACCUUCAGUACAAGAAUGUCAGAGCAGAUUACGUCAAUGCAAUAUUCAACAUUGCUAACUGGCAAGAUGUCUCUGAUAGGUUAGCCAAGGCUCGACUCAGAAGCUAAAUUGUGAAUGAUAUUGUAAUAGCAAAAGACAUUGAAGUACCGUAUAGGAAACCGGAAAGAUUUUUUUUUCCUAUGUCUCCAGUAUUUCGAAAUGUUUGUUCCAGUUUGAUAUUUUGUUCUAUGAUAACCAAGUUGACUUGUACAGUCUAGU